AUGCCAGUUCCCCCAGUUAUAGUAACUAUGAAAGAUGAUAUUCGGAGACAGGUAUGCCUGACGAUUGCGGAAAAUGGUGGGGUUGACCACAAGACAAUAUCCCAUGUUAAGGAUAUCUGGGGAAUCCUUAAAGAGCUAUCGGAUCAGUAUGCCAAUGAAAGAAAUAAGAAAGCAGAUCAUGGAAAAUGGAAUGGAUGGACCGGAGAUCCUCCAGACGCGCCCAAGGGAGUUGGGAAUAAGCACAAGCAGAUGCUGAUUCGCAAAAUCUAUACGUUCUCGAUGUUAAAAAACAGAACACGUAUUGAUAGAUGGUGGAAACGUCUCCAUGAUUUUGCUAAUCGAUUUCAGGCUAGUAAGACCGCACAUGAGACUACUGAGUAUAUGGAAGACUUUCACAUUGGGGUCAACAUGUUGGGUAGCGCGGUUCCAUUACUACAGAGCUCUGCUAGGUCCGAGGAGGACUGGAUACAUAUUGUACGCUAUAUGAGCGCUGCAACGAUCUGUCUCCAGCCAUUGCUUAAGAACCAGGUGUUGUGUGAGUCAUGGGCUAGCGAGUGUAAAGACUUCGCCAACUCCCCUCGUCUUCGAUCCGUAUUCGAGUAUACUUUGACAGUGAAGGCGGUGCCUGCAUCAACAUGCACGGUGAUGCUACCCACGUCAGUACCUGAUUGGAAGCUUGUCCUCAACAGCGUCUGCCACGGGAGCAAUUUUCAAAGCGACUUCUUGGAAAGCGAAUCUCUUGCACUGUCGAAUGCAUAUCCUAAAGCUGCUCAAGAAUGCGUUGUCCAUAGUGAAUGCAGUCUAAUUGGGUUUCUUGAAUCCAAGCACGGUGAUGAUUGGGAUAACAUCCCUGCCCUCGGCUUCAUUGGGGUUUCUAAACUAAGCUGUCGCCCAGGCUAUAACUGGGUUGAGAAAUUCAAUACCCUUGGCGGACGGCGAUAUAUUACUAAAGGGACCCAUGGCAAGUAUUACUGGCCAUGGGCCAUGCCAACCCUUCAAGACCCCACGCUUGACAUCCGUUUAGCAGCAGCCUUUGUGGAAUCUGUGCGUUCUAGUUAUAUGAAGUUUUAUGUCCUCUUAGGCAAGCUUCGUAUCCCGACAGACAGUACCGACGCCUUGUUGCGGAGCGCAACAGCAUAUACGGAAGAUGAUUUGGUGGAUGCGAUCCUACGCUCACGUAGGGAGUUUAAGGAAAGGCUUAUGCUUAUAGGCUUGUAG